AUGGCUCCAGAUCUCAAUGCCGUGGCCGGCGGUGAGCGCUUCGACUACUCGAAACCCGGAUCUUCUGGGUACGAAGUCGAUCAGAAUGUAACCUGGAACGAUCCCAACAAUCGCAAGAUGAAAGUCAUCACUAUUGGGGGAGGCGUUACUGGCAUCAUGAUGGCCUACCAGAUCCAGAAGAUGUGUGCCAACGUCGAACAUGCCGUGUACGAGAAGAACGACGACAUUGGUGGCACCUGGCUCGAGAACCGUUACCCAGGGGCCGCUUGUGACAUUCCCAGCCACGCCUACACAUAUCAAUUCGCGCUCAACCCUGACUGGCCACGAUUUUUCAGCCGGAGUCCGGACAUCUGGGGCUACCUCGACAGGGUCUGCAAUACCUUCGAAUUGCGAAAAUACAUGACGUUCAACACCGCUGUGACGGGCUGCUAUUGGAACGAGGAGAAGGGUCAGUGGAGGGUGACUCUGCGGGAAACCAGGCCUGGGCAGGAACCGAGGGAUUUUGAGGAUUGGUGCGACUUCUUGAAUCAGGGAACGGGCAUCUUAAACAACUUCAAGUGGCCAACCAUCCCAGGCUUGCAGGACAAAUUCAAAGGCAGAGUCGUACACACAGCAAAAUGGGACAAGGACUACCAAGCCGAACAGUGGAAGAACGACCGCGUGGCCGUGAUCGGUUCCGGCGCUUCUUCCAUCCAGACCGUGCCGACCAUGCAACCCCAUACCAAGCAUCUCGACAUUUUUGUACGGACCGCAGUCUGGUUUGUUCAAAUAGCAAACAAUUUCGGACAGAACCACGAGUACUCCGACGAAGAUAAGGCCAAAUUCAAGAAAGACCCACACUCUCUGGUCGCACAUGCGAAGGACAUUGAGGAUCAAGUCAACGGUCUCUGGGGCCUGUUCUAUGAUAGUGCUGAAGCCCAGAAGAUGGGCCAGGAGAUGUUCAGAGCCCGCAUGGGCGAGUUCAUCAAAGAUAAACGCCUCCUGGAUGGCUUCACUCCCAAAUUCCAAAUUGGGUGCAGACGAGUUACGCCGGGCGAUCCCUACAUGGUAGCCAUCCAGGAACCGAACGUGGACGUCCAUUUCACACCCGUUGUGAGCUGCACCGAAGACGGCGUUGUUGGCGAGGACGGCACAGAGCGCAAGUGCGAUACCAUUGUGUGUGCGACGGGCUUUGACGUCUCGUAUCGCCCUCGCUUCCCCGUGGUGGGCAAGAAUGGAGUUGAUCUGAAAGACAAAUGGAGUGUCUGCCCAGAGAGCUAUCUCGGGCUGGCUGUACCCGACUUCCCCAACAUGAUGCUCUAUGUGGGACCGACCUGGCCGGUUGAGAAUGGGUCUGUAAUGGGACCGCUGCACGAUGUCGGCCUCUAUGCCAUCCAGCUCAUCAAGAAGAUGCAGAACGAGAACAUCCGCAGCUGGGUACCACGUCAAGAGAUCACCGACAGCUUCAAUGAACACACCCAAGAGUGGAUCAAACACACAGUUUGGAAGGAUGACUGUCGGAGCUGGUAUAAGAACAACGAGACAGGCCGCGUGAACGCAGUGUGGCCCGGCUCUAGCAUGCACUAUCAACAGGUUAUCGCCACGCCCCGCUACGAAGACUUCGAGAUCAAGUACUUCAACAAGAACCCGUGGGCACACCUCGGCAUGGGCUGGACGGUGGAGAACAGGAAGGGUGCGCAGCAUGCGGAUUGCUCGCCGUACCUGAACUUGAAAAACAUCGAUCCGAAGUGGUAUGAGGCGAUCGGGGGCGAUGUAGAUGAGCUCACGCGGCAGGUCAAUGAGCACAACAUGCGGAAGUAG